AUGGCUGCCAUGACAAGCACCGUUGAGGAUUUGAAGAAUGAGCAAGUGCCACAAUGCCUUUACUGGACAGUAGAUCAAGUUGUGGACUGGAUAGAUAACUUAGGAUUUCCGUAUUAUAAGGCUUGCUUUGCAACAAAUUUGAUAAAUGGACGGAAACUUGUCAAUAUCGAGGCUAAAGCUCUACCAAAUAUUGGUAUCACAGAUUUUGAACAUAUCAAGAUAAUCACAAAAAGUAUUCGUGAAAUGUUGAAUCUAGAGGAGCCUGACUGGACAAGAAGCAUCUCACUGCCUCCUCGCAAUGACUUAGGUAUGUACAUAGAAAGGAAGAGUGGAACAGGGAAGAAUAUUGACAGUUUGACAUUUAACAAAUUUCUUCUGGACUUCAAGGAUGCCAACUGGAAACCACCAUUAGCAAACCACUGUCUGAUUCUACCACGAUGUUAGAUUUCGUUAAACCACAGUUAACUGGCAAUAUCACUUUCUGCUCGAUAUGAUGUGAGAGACACAGAUUUUUCAACCACUCAGCAUCUUUAUUGUGAGCAGUGGAUAUAUACUCAAAUGUUAGGUAUUUUAUGACGUAGAGCAACAGUAUACUUUCAACAUGGACCACAGAUUUGUUGACAUUUGAUGGGCAGUGCUAAAAACGAUCAACUUCAGCAUAAUUUCUUGUGAAGCCUAAACUGAUUAAGGCAUCAUUGAAAAUCUCACUCUUUCAAUUAUGCUGUACUAGAUAAGGAAAAAGAGACAUUUUUUAUGCCAAAAGGAACCAAUUUCUCAAUCAUUUCUUUAAAGAGAAAUGUUGCGAUGUUGACAUACUGACUUAGUUUAUUUUGACACUCAUAAAUGCCCGAAAAAAACCCCAAGCUGACCGAAGUCCAUAAUUUCAGGUGUUGGUAAGUUAGUAUUUUUGGAAAUUUGUCCAAAUUUUGUGACCUAGGCUUUAUUUACAAGAUAUAAAUGUAGUAUAUAAAAUCAAACUUAGACAGAAAAAGAGAACUAAGUAAAUACAUUGAAGUGUGGCAGAUCCCAGUUAGGUACUUUACAGCUUAGUUUUGGCUAUAUUACUGGUUGUAUUUAGAAGUAUUCACUGAAAGGAAUGUCUGUUC